AUGUACUCAAAGUUUCCAUUUGCUAAUGAUCAGUUUGAAACUUUACAAAAAUACCUAUUGGCUGUAGAAGCUAAUGAUUUUUGUAAUGCUUUGUCAUCGUCAGAGUAUGAUAUUGUUUACUUUGAUACAUCGGUUUUGUAUGGAGUUGUAUUUUUACAAACUGCUAAUGAUUUGAAAAUCAUAAACAAUCAAACCUAUUCAAAUUGUCUAAAACGUUUUACUAUCAAAUGA